UCAAACCCACCUCUGUCCUAACGUCUGCGACUCACUCUCUUCUUUCUCUCUCUCUCCCUCGUCCGACGAUUUUUUUCUCUUUCAGAUUCUUCUCUCCGGCGGUGGUGGCGGCGGUGGUGGGGGAAGCGGUGGUUAGUUUGACGGAAGAUGGUGAGAGAUGACUUAUGUAUUACAAUUCCGAACGAUUUCAGGUGUCCGAUCUCGCUAGACGUCAUGAAAUCCCCUGUAAGUUUAUGUACCGGAGUGACUUACGAUCGUUCCAGUAUCCAGAAAUGGCUUGAUAAUGGAAACAACACUUGUCCGGCCACCAUGCAGGUUCUUCAAACCAAGGAAUUCGUCCCCAACCACAAUCUCCACCGCCUCAUUCAGAUUUGGUCCGAUUCCCUUCGCCAACGCCUCCACUCCCCUGUUUCCGACUCUUCUCUCUCCUCCGAUCAAGUUCUCCGUCUUGUCAACCGUAUGGAGGACGAUCAAUCACGCGCUGAUACUCUUCCACGGCUGGUCUCUUUCGCUUCCGAGUCGGUGGAGAAUCGGAGGCUUCUCUGUGGAAUUGACGGCCUCGUGUCGGUACUUGUCGAUCUUCUUGGCAAUGUCGAUGGCGGUGUUUUGGUUGAGCAAACGGUGAGGUUGUUGCAUUUGAUUCGGAGUGAGAUAGAGGAUAAGGAACGGUUUGUGAAGACGAUGUUGAAGAGCGAUCGUAAUUGUAUUUCAUCUCUGCUUCUGAUUUUGCGGAAAGCAACCGUCGAAUUAAAAAUCUGUUCCGCUAAUCUGUUGGAAUAUCUCGCAAUCGAUGCCGAAGCGAAGAUCGUAAUCGCGGAAACGGAUGGAUUGAUGCAAGAAUUACUGAAAUUAAUCAAUUCUGAGAACGAUACAACCCUAAUCGAAUCCGUUCUAUCAUGCUUAAUUUCAAUUUCAAUGCCAAAACGGAUCAAAAUCAAAUUAGUUCAACUCGGAGUGAUAAAAUCGGUAACGAAGCUUCUCUCGGAAUCGAACUCGAGUUCAAGCAUUUCGAUGACGGAGAAGGUUCUGAAAGUACUGGAAACGGCGUCAACGGUGAGAGAAGGAAGAACAGAGAUCGGAGAGGACUCAGUAUGCGUAGCGGCGAUAGUACAGAAGGUGCUGAAGGUAUCGAAUACGGCGACGGAGCAUGCGGUGACGACGCUGUGGAGCGUUUGUUAUCUGUUCAGAGACGAGAAGGCGGGGGAGGCGUUGACGAAGGCGAACGGAUUGACGAAGAUUUUGCUGUUAAUGCAGAGCAAUUGUUCGGCGCCGGUGCGGCAGAUGGCGAGAGAUUUGUUGAAGAUUUUUCGGAUCAAUUCAAAAUCGUGCCUAUCGAGUUACGAUACAAAAACUACGCAUAUCAUGCCCUGUUAAAACCGAUUUGCUUUGUUCAUCUUCAUCAUCAUCAUCUUCUUCUUCCAUUCCCAACCAUUUCGAUUUCUCUCUGUAAGUUAUUAUGGAGAUCUCUGGGGAGAGAUUUUACUCUUUUUCUGUUCUGUAAAUCAAAGAAAUUUUGUCAGUGAAUACAAACAAAAUGAUUCCAUUUUCAACUUC